UCCAUCUCAUUUUCCCGUCCCCGUAACCUCCCCCCCGCCGCCGCCAUAACCGCUGUCCUCCUAUUCCCAUCCCCCAGCAACCUUCCCCUUGGCCCUGGUACUCCACCCGCCGGGCCCCUGCAAUCACUGCUGAUCCUGCUGCACCAGGGUGUUUAAUGCUGGAGUUUAAACCAAUGGAAAGAGAGAGAAAUGUGUCCCCAAUGCAGUGAAACAACAGCAGUCUAUUUACAAAGCCAGGAAUUUGUGAAGUUAUAACAUGGUUAUCAAAGUGUUCUUUCCGAGUUGCUGCCCCGAAGCAGAAAGUGGCCUCCUGAUAGGUCGUUGGAUUCCAGAGCAGAAUGCUGCAGUUGUUCUGGCAGUUAUUCACUAUCCUUUCAUCCCUGGCCAAGUGAAACAAUACCUUGUGCAGAUUAGGGAGGUGACUAAGGUAAAUGUCUCUGUGCUUGGGUCCUGGAGCAGCUAUUACUCUCAGGCAAAGAAAGACCUCAGCCAGUUCCUGGAAGAUCUGAGUUCCAUCUUUCCACAUGAUCUCUGGUUCCAGUUGACGCAAGAGAAAGAAAAUAAAUUCGUUUUCGACUAUCAACUGGUUCAACAAGGCAGUAAGAAUGACAAGGAAAAUGUUAUCUUAAUCCACUAUGAUCAACGCAAGGUUAUGCUGUCAAAGUUACAUUGUCUGGACACUAAAACCCCAGAGGACAACCGUAACGCCGGAGUAAAGUCAAAAGCUAUUGCCUCAGAUUUUGCCACCAUAUUUGAUACUGUUGCUAAAUGCGAGCUAUUAUUUAUGAUUGAUAAAUAUGAUGAGACACCAAUUAAGUUUACUCACUGGCAGUCAGAAGGACGAGAAGCUAGUGUUGUUGUGGAACUUGUGAAGCAAGCAUCAGUACCUGUGUGUGUGGUACUUUCCCUCCUGCUGUCUUUUAUAUCUAGUAUCUGCAAAAGCAGAGCAUUAAACAUAUGGCCUCUGCGUUUUUUAUGGAGCAAGCUCUCAACUUGUGUACAGCUUGCACAUCGCUUGGAUCACUUGCAGACAAUCACAAGUACUACAAAAGCACAGAAUCACGCAGAGUUUAUGAGAAAAGCCAACCUCUUUGUUUCAUUCCUAAUUGAUGUGGGUCUUGGAUUGUUGCUCAUCUCUUGGCUUUAUCAGAAGAAUCGAAUUGGCCAGUUAGCGGAUGCCCUCGUUCCAGUUGCAGACCAUGUUGCCAAGGAGUUGCAGGAACUGCUGGAGUGGCUAAUGGGAGCUCCUGCUGGUUUAAAAAUGAACAAAGCACUGGAUGAAGUGCUGGGACGUUUCUUCCUUUAUCACAUCCACCUUUGGAUAAGUUAUAUCCAUCUGAUGUCUCCAUUUAUUGAGAUGAUCCUGUGGUACGUUGGCUUAGCAGCAUGUCUAGGCUUGACUGUUGCCUUAUCCAUUGUUUCAGACAUCAUUGCUCUGCUGACUUUACACAUCUACUGCUUUUAUGUGUAUGGGGCCAGACUUUAUUGUUUGAAGAUCUAUGGUUUAUCAUCUCUUUGGCGAUUAUUCAGAGGGAAGAAGUGGAAUGUUCUGAGACAACGCGUGGACUCCUGCUCAUAUGACUUGGAUCAGCUGUUUAUUGGAACACUGCUGUUCACCAUUCUCCUCUUCCUGUUGCCAACUGCAGCACUCUACUACCUUGUAUUUACACUGUUAAGAAUGGUGGUGGUUGUCGUGCAGGGUCUCAUUCACUUGCUCGUGGACUUCAUUAACUCUCUCCCAUUAUAUGCAUUAGGACUUAGACUGUGUCGACCUUAUACCCUUGCAGCUGGUGUGAAGUUUAAAGUUUUUCAGAAGGUUGCUGACAAACCUCUUCACUUGUUAAUGCAGAUUAAUCCCCUGACCUACGGGAUGAUAAUCAGACAUUACAGACUGCCAACCUACAGCUGUUAUCCAAAGGAUUCGUGGACAGCACUGUGUCAGAAACUGUUCUUUGGGGAACUGAUUUAUCCCUGGAAGCGCAAAACUGAGAAACAAGACUGAGAAGAUGCAGCCAGAAAGCAGCAGUCUUAAUAAGUAUGUCCACGUCUAAUUUCCUGUAUUAUGUCUGCAUUGCUAUUUGUUUUAAAGAUGAGAAGUCUUUCUUUUAAAAUAGGUUUGAGUUGCUAUGAUUUAAUGGGGUGAAAUGUUAGAAUAUUAAUUUGUCUUUUUAAAAUUAUAACUUUUUCUUAAAUCAGUGAUUAUUACUGUUGCCAAAAUUACACUGCAAAAGUAUCACUAGAUUGACAUAAAACUUCAUUUUUUUAAUAAAAAUAAUAAAUAAACAAUAAUAAAAAUGAGAGCUUAAAGUGUCCUUUAAGGAUAUUAAGUAUCCAUGCCUCAAAGUACAAUUUCACACUUUACCUCUUUUAUUGCAGCAAAUGCACUUUUCCCCAUAUUUUGGGUAAUGCAUUCUGUAAGAAUGCACUUCGAUUUGCUGUAAGCUUGAAACAUUAUUGCACUGUUUUUAGAAAAAUCACUAUUUAUACUUUAAAGGCAAACAUUUUCUAUUUAUAUUUGGUCAUAUCUUCCCUGUAUAGUGGUACUUUAAUAGUAAUUUCCUAAUGGAAUGCCCAUUUUCAGUGAUCAACUGCACCUGCAUCAUUUUCAAAUCUGGUCAAGUUGAUGCAAUCAACUCUAAAUUGAAGAAAUACUAUUUUUGUGUCAAUUGCAGAGAAAUUUAAAGAAGAAACUCCAGCUUUUCUGAUUUCUACCAAAUGUUCAGAACCCUCUGUAAUGGAACAAUCUAGCCAAAUAUUUAGCAUUUGCCAUAGUGACAGUAUUGUUUUCCAAAUGUCCCUAAACCGUGCUUCUGUCACUUUUCAAACACCAUAUUUUAGGAAUGUAUUCGUACAACAUAGGCCUGUUACCAUAUUAUUCCUUCUAGAAUACAUUCUACACAGGAAGAACCACGGGUAUCCAUAUUUCUCUCACACUUGCCUGAAAGCUGUGUGCGUCAGCUAGUCUUUGAAAUGUUCUGAAUAGGGCCAGAUCCACGUUGGAUCUUGUAGGGUAUCCAACAAAUCGUAAUUCUAAAAGUGAUGUUGCCCUGGAUUUUCCUGAAAACAUGCAUUGAAACAGCAGCAGAAGUACAGCAUAAUGCCAAGUUUUGGCACAGAAUGUACGCCUGAAUUUCGUUAAUCUUUUGCACUGAUUUGGCGAAUCCAAUCCUGUAACCCUCUGCCAUUCAUCAACAUGGCUCCGCCCCACUUUGCCAAAGAGUAAGUCGCUCAAUCCCUGAAUUUCAACAGUUCUGAAAGGCUGUAAAUUUACAUGAAAGUUUUGGUCAUUAGACCCAGAGUCAUAUUUCUGAUGUUUAAUGGCAACUUUCAUUUUUAUUUUCCUCACUGAGAGCGGCAGUAUAUUUUCUGUAUCUGUGAAUGCAUCUUCAUGAUAUCAGCACAAGUUGUAUUAUAAAUUGAAAAAUUUCUGUAAUUGCUUUUUUUAAGCAUUCUGUGCCAAAUUUGCAUAGACUAUACAGUGGUUUCACACUUUGUAACUUUCAUGCAUGCAGAGGGACUUGAAGAGGAAAUAAUGGUAAAAGAUUGGUAUUUGCCACAGGCUGCAAUUGUUAAUGCUGAUUUCUAGUUAUAACAUGCUGGUUUUUAUGCUCCAUGAGAUUCUUGGGAAGCUUUGGCAUAACUCACAGCAGGAUCAGUGUCACUUCCAGUCUAUAUGUGAUUGAAAAAGUUCCUCUUUCUUCUCACAAUAUUGUUACUUUGGAAAUUGUGCUACUGAGGGCCAAAUGUAUGAAAAAUUAUGAAUAUAAUGAAUAAAAUCUGAUCUGAUGCUA